UCGACAUCGUCUCCGCGGUUCGAUCGCGGGCCGUCGGAUUCGAGCCCUCGCUUCUUCACCCCGUACCCACUCCUUGCCCCUUCUUAUCCCCUUUUCCUCCACUACAACAUCGUCUUGCCUCCCUCCUGUCGAUUGACGCCGUCUCGAAUCCCUAAUCUCAAGAUCUCGCCAUGACGAGGGGAAAAUCGAAGGCCGACGCCCCCAAGAAGGCCGAUACCAAGCUUGCGGUGAAGAAGGGAGCGGAACGGGCGGCGAAGAAGCCUCGGAAGACGAAGGCGGACAAGGAUCCCAACAAGCCCAAGAGGCCUCCCAGUGCCUUUUUCGUCUUCAUGGAGGAAUUCAGGAAGAUCUACAAGGAAAAACACCCGAAUAACAAGUCGGUUGCGGCAGUUGGUAAAGCAGGAGGAGACAAAUGGAAAUCCUUGUCAGAGGAUGAGAAAGCUCCCUACGUCGCCAAGGCAGCCAGGCUGAAAUCAGAUUACACAAAGACUAUGGCCGCCUACAAUAAGGCUCAAUCUGGCGGAGGAAGUCGUCCUGCCCCUGCCGCUGCUGCUUCAGCAGAUGACGACGAAGAAUCCGACAAAUCCAAGUCUGAGGUGAACGAUGACGAAGAUGAUGAAGAGGAAGAGGAUGAAGAGGAUGAUGAUUGAGGAAAUCGUUAGGAAAGAUGAUCUAUGCUGCGUUCUCCUUGCCAUUUUCUUUGUUCUUGUUUCUAUUUGAUGUUGGAAGAUUCCUAUAAGCUAUCAUCAUCGCCUGUAAUGGUAAUAGCCAUAGUUUGGAUGUUCGCUGCUCAUUUAGUGUACUUAUCUUGUCCCAGAUUAAUCUAAUUUAGUACCAAUUGAGUCUGUGUUCAUCCUUA